AUGACGGAGAAUAUAAUCCUACCUUUUCCUUCGUCAAGUGCACUUACUCCCAGUGUUUCAUCGAUCUUCGAGACUUCCAGUACCCCGCAGAACAUCCCCGAUAUGUCCGACCCUUACUACAACCAGCCCCAUAGCUACCCAUCCACAACCAACGGAAAACAUGCUGAGAGUCAAUAUCAGCCACCUGCAUAUGGCCACGGACAUCUACCACACCAACAGCAAGGCUAUCCACAUGCUCAGCCGCAGUACAGUGAACACUCAGGUCAUGGCCAUUCCCAGACCCAGUUUCAGUAUCAUCAUCAGCCGGCAGAGCCGCAGGACGGCCAUCUCAGUGGGCAAUAUGAAUACACGGGCUCGGAAGAUUAUAAACAUGAUAAUACGUUGCUGAGCCCCCACUAUGAACCGCGUAGUCGCGAUUACCGGGGCAGUAACGCCGAGUAUUUCGAGGAUUCGAGUCGUUCUCAUCGCACUACCGCCAGAUCGACCUCCCACGAGCGUCGAGGCCGGGAAGAUGAGAUAAGUGGCAGUGGAGAUGAAGGAGAGCGGGGGAUAGGAGGAACACUUGUCGGCGGCGCAACAGGCUACUACUUGGGCCAUAGGAAGCAUCAUGGGCUACUUGGAGCUAUCGGCGGUGCGCUGCUGGGUAAUUUUAUUGAGAAGAAAGUGGACGAGAGGAGAGAGGACCGACACAGCGCUCACCACCAUGGGCAGCAUCACGGACAUUAUCACCCCGCUCGUCAUCGGAGUCGAUCCCCGCACAGUCACCGCAGUCGCUCUCGAUACAGCCAUCGCAGUCGGUCGCGAGAUAGUCAUCGCAGCACGGAUUCGUAG